AUAUCACACCAACUGACUGGUUGUUCUGAUGUUCACACAGGAUACCAUGUUGAGACAUUCUCUACAUCCAGAGAGCAACAGCAGGAAGAUCAGAGAGCUAAGAGGUCUCAUCACUGCCCACAUUGUGAAGAGAUUUUCCCAUUUCUUUCAAAGCUAAAAAUACACCUAAAAAUACAUACAGGAGAGAAGCCUUUCUUCUGCCCUGACUGUGGAACUAGUUUCUCUCAACUUUCCCACUUAAAAUCCCAUGAACUUAUACAUACAGGGGAGAAGCCAUACUCCUGCUCUGACUGUGGAAAAUGUUUUAAAACAUUAUAUGACCUAAAAGUUCAUCAGAGAACACACACAGGAGAGAAGCCUUACGUCUGCUCUGACUGUGGAAAAUGCUUCACAACAUCAACUCAUCUAAAAGUUCAUCAGAGAACACACACAGGAGAGAAGCCUUAUUACUGCUCUGACUGUGGAAAAUGUUUUAAAACAUCAAAUGAGCUAAAAGUUCAUGAACGUAUACAUACAGGGGCGAAGCCAUACUCCUGCUCUGACUGUGGAAAAUGUUUUAAAACAUUAUAUGAGCUAAAAGUUCAUCAGAGAACACACACAGGAGAGAAGCCUUACGUCUGCUCUGACUGUGGAAAAUGCUUCACAACAUCAACUCAUCUAAAAGUUCAUCAGAGAACACACACAGGAGAGAAGCCUUAUUACUGCUCUGACUGUGGAAAAUGUUUUAAAACAUCAAAUGAGCUAAAAGUUCAUCAGACAACACACACAGGAGCGAAGCCUUAUUACUGCUCUGACUGUGGACAAUGUUUUAAAACAUCAACUCAGCUAAAGGUUCAUCAGAGAACACACACAGGAGAGAAGCCUUUCUUCUGCCCUGACUGUGGAACUAGUUUCUCUCAACUUUCCCACUUAAAAUCACAUGAACGUAUACAUACAGGGGAGAAGCCUUACUCCUGCUCUGACUGUGGAAAAAAUGUAAAAAAAUCAAAUGAGCUAAAAGUUCAUCAGAGAACACACACAGGAGAGAAGCCUUACGUCUGCUCUGACUGUAAAAAAUGCUUCACAACAUCAACUCAUCUAAAAGUUCAUGAGAGAACACACACAGGAGAGAAGCCUUAUUACUGCUCUGGCUGUGGAAAAUGUUUUAAAACAUCAAAUGAGCUAAAAGUUCAUCAGAGAACACACACAGGAGAGAAGCCUUACGUCUGCUCUGACUGUGUAAAAUGUUUUAAAACAUCAACUCAGCUAAAAGUUCAUCAGAGGACUCACACAGGAGAGAAGCCUUUCUUCUGCUCUGACUGUGGGGCGAGUUUCUCUCAUCUGGGCACCUUAAAAUCACACCAACUUAUACACACAGGAGAGAAGCCUUAUGUCUGCUCUGACUGUGGAAAAUGCUUCAAAACAUCAACUGAGCUAAGAGUUCAUCAGAGAACACACACAGGAGAGAAGCCGUAUUACUGCUCUGACUGUGGAACUAGUUUCUCUAAAUUGUCCGACUUAAAAACACAUGAACGAAUACAUACAGGGGAGAAGCCAUACUCCUGCUCUGACUGUGGAAAAUGUUUUAAAACAUCAAAUGAGCUAAAAGUUAAUCAGAGCACACAUACAGGAGAAAAGCCUUACUCCUGUUCUAACUGUGGGGUGAGUUUCUCUCGACUGGAUACCUUAAAAACACCAACAUAUACAUGAGGAGAGAAGCCAUACUCCUGCUCUGCCUGUGUAAAAUGCUUCAAAACAGCAACUGAGCUAAAAGUUGAUCAGAGAACACGCGCAUGAGAGAAGCCUGCUUACAUCUUCUCUGACUUUUGGGUGAGUUUCUCUCACCAUAGCAACUUAACACACCAAUGUAUACACACAGGGGAGGAUCCUUACUCCUGCUCUGUGGAGGGGUGGGCGUGUAAGUCAAACGUCUAGCCAAAGGCUGCGUGUUUGAGUCUCAUCAAGGAGGACUUUAGCAUUUUAGCUAAUUAGCAACUUUGCAACUUCUUACUACUUUUUAGCUAUGUCAGCAUGUUAGCUUAGCAUGCAACUACUUAGCAUGUUAGCUAACCUUUCCCCUAAACCCAUUUAACUCUACCUUAAACCCCUAACCUAGCUAACGUUAGCAACAACAAAUUGGAUUUCGUAACACAUCAUACAUAUUACUAGUUCGUAACAUAUUGUAUGAAUAGCAAUGCGUAAAAUAACAUACGAAUUGUAAUUCUUAACAUCUGAUACGUCCUACAAGUCGUAUUAUACUGGACAACAAUCUAAACGCAACAAUUUCAAAGAUUUACAGUUUGUCUAAGGAAAUCAGUCAAUUGAAAUAAAGGAAGCCCUAAUCUAAGGAUUUUACAUGACU